AUGUCGAUCCUUCGCCGCAACAGUAUCAAGAAGCCCAAGACCAACCGUUACCCUUCCCUCAAGGGUGUUGACCCCAAGUUCCGCCGCAACCACAGACACGCUCUUCACGGUACCGCCAAGGCCCUGAAGGAGCGCAAGGAGGGCAAGCGCGAGGUCGCAUAA